CUGCCACGUUUCAGUGGGCAAUGAACAUGACGUUCUAGAAUUUUGUCAACAAGACACGGCUGACGCAAGGGAUGAUUAACUUUUGUGUGAUCGUGUACAUGGACGAUAUCCUGGUCUAUUCGGAGACCUAUCACGGGCACGCGCAACACAUCGAGUGGACAUUGGGCGUGUUGAGAGACGCUGGGUUCAAGAUCGUGCUUGAGAAGAGCGAAUUUUUCCUCUCGGAAAUUUUGUUCUUGGGCUACGUCGUGACACGUGGAGGAUUGCGGCCAGACUCGAGAAAAGUUACGGUGGUGAAAGAAGCCCCGGUACCCACGUCGCUGACGCAGGUUCGAGCCUUCUUGGGGCUGGCGUCGUACUACCGGCGCUUCAUCAAGGGUUUUGCUGCGAUUGCACGACCACUAAUGAAUCUGUUACGAAAGGACCAGCCUCUCAGCUGGGAUGCGGAGUGCCAGCAGGCCUUUGCAACCCUCAAAGACGCUCUGGCGACGACCCCUAUUUUAAUUCGGUCGGACCCCUCGAAGCAGUUCAUUCUUAUCACCGACUGGCAACUGGAAGCUAUUUCCGCUAUUCUAGCGCAGAAGGGGAACGAUGGUCGAGAGCACGUCAUCGAGUACGCGUCGCGCACCAUACCGGACGAACGGAAGAAUGACUCAGCACCUCAAGGCGAAUGCUAUGCAGUGGUCUGGGGAAUCCAACACUUCCAUCCGUAUCUCUACGGACAGAAGUUUCGCCUCGUGACGGAUCACGAGCCUCUGCUAGUUUUGAAGAAGCUCACCAACUACACGGGCAUGAUUGGCCAUUGGGCGGUGCGACUGCAAGAAUACGACUUCGAUAUCGUCCAUCGAAAGACAGAGCGACACGACAACGCGGACGGGUUGACACGUAUACACCGACCCGCCAAGUGGUUAGCUUGCGUAGAAGGAGCCGCAGAGCGCAUUCCGCCGUCGCAGCAACAAUAUCUGGAUCCCCGGACGGUUCGCGAUCCUGCCUUCUUCAAGCACCCUACAAUAGAGCAGCUUGCUGCCAUUCGAGAAGAAGAGGAGGAAGAAGAAAGUACCGGGAGUGACGAAGACGAAGACGUGCGGGAGGAAGGCGGGGAUAGCGACGAAGAACUCGGGGAAGAAGACAAAACCCCUCGAAGAGGGAAG